UACAUUUUUCCACGUCGCCUUGCACGAGCGAGAGGCGCGCUCCUCGCGCGGGUGCGAGCGGGACGGAUAGCGUUUCGCGAGGAGGGCGCGCAGUUAAACGGCCGGUCAUGUGGGCGCUGCCGGUGUUGCGCACGCGCAGCUACCUCGGCACGGUCGAGUUCCACGCUCACGCUGCGUCGUCCGGCUCGCUUAGCCCGUGUGACCUUUACUCGGUGAACUUAGGAAGCGUCUUUCGGUGUGAAACGUUCAUUAGACCCCCUUCAUCCCGCACGAUCGUGGUCUUCCAACUCAUCAGUGAAGGGGAAAGAGUGAAAAAGAUGGCAGGCGAUCGCCAGCGCCGUGGCUAAAGGCUCACUAGCCCCGCCCGUAGCGAGCACCAUAGACCAGACAAAAUGUUCGCCGUGAUGCAAAUCGACGAGGAUCACACCAGGGACUUCAGGCGUAAGCUGCGCCCCAAGUGCGAGUUCGUCUGCAAGUAUUGCCAACGUCGGUUCACCAAGUCCUACAACCUGAUGAUACACGAGCGCACCCACAAGAGCCCAGAGCUGUCUUUCAGUUGUGAGGUCUGUGGGAAGAGUUUCAAAAGGCAGGACAAUUUGCGUCAGCACAGAGAAAUACACUACAAUUCCAAUAAGGAGACCAUGAAUAUGAGAUGGUGAUUCACUAUGCGAUCACUCGAAGACCUGCGUGACGUAAACCACCUGGGAUUUUAACAGUAUUCUUGCUUCUAUUGUUGUACCUACACCAGAAUGGGUCAUUGCAAUGAUUUAAAAUAAUAUAAUUGUAAUUUAAAAUGCUUACCGUCCGAUAAAUAUUUAGUAAAGACAAACUACAAAGAUGAUAAAAAUUACCUACAGUUCAUCGUGUUUCGUUUUUAACAUUGAUAAGUUUUUAUUCGCUAUGUUAAAAAUGAAAUUCACUUUUAAAUUUAAACCAAUGUUUUAUUAAAGGUUUACUGGACAGUAAGAGAAAAAAUUGUAAAUGCUUUUAGAUGAAAUCAAUCUAUUCGUUGUAAUAAUUCCGCCAUGAAAGAUAACUUAAAAAUGUUUAUCCUAUCUUUUUGAGUAACUAUUACAGCUAAUAGUCAAAAAUUUAAAUAAAAAGUUCAUUUUUUGAAUUUGCUUUAAAACAUUCUGGUAUUUGUAAAUAGUAUUUAUUAGAAUAAGUGAUGUUAGCAUAAUAUAAACGGCUUAACUGCUUAGCUAUUUUUUAUGUAAAAUAAUAUUUAUAUAAUAUUUAAAAUAUUGUUACUAAUAUAAUCUUCUACGUAGAACGUAACAUUGAUAAUAUGCAAGGAUAUGAGUGGCAGAGAAAAAAAUGUAUGAAGGUGUUUCAGGACUACUUAUAAUAAAAGUAUUUCCUUUAAAUAAUAACGCAUAUGUUCAAAAUAUUCAUUUACUUACGGAAAUUGCUAGAUCAAUUAUAAAAAAUUCAUUCAUUAAAUCAACCAUUACCUUAAUACCUACUACGGGUACUGAAGAAAAAAUAAAUCAAAAAGUAGCAUUGGACCUUUCUGUUUUUAGAAUUCUGUAAGUCCGAAUGAAAAACGCGACCCUUACCUAUAGGAUCACUCGUGUGUUUGUCUGUCUGUCUGUCCGUCUGUCAUAGCCAACUUGUUCCGAACCUAUUGGACUGAGUGAUAGACUGAUAGUACAAUUAACAUAUUUAAACGUUCGGAACCCUCUCCACGCGAGUUCAACUCGCACUUCUUGUCCAGUUUUUUAUGUUUCUUUUUUAUAUAUUGUGUUAUUAUUCUAAGGAUUUAUUCUAUUAAUUAUAUAAUAUAUCAAGCUUUUAUAUAACAUUUCCUGUCGCUUUAUGUACAUUUUAAGGGUUGUUCCUAAUGCUUAGAAUUAUGAGUAUUUUUUUUUAAUUUUAGUAAUGACACGGCUAAGCCUUAUUAUAUUGUAAGUUUUGCUAUCGAUUAAAAUGUUUAUGAACAAUUUUCUGGCCUUAUAAGUUAGAGAUUGUUUAUAGCUUUUCUAAUUGAAUUAUAUAGUAAAUAAUUAUUACAUAAAAUACAGUGAUAGAUUUAAGUUGAUAGAUCAUUUAUGAUUUUUUUGUUCUAAAACUUUCAUUUAUUUUAAUCAAAAGAAAAAUUAUUUUCAAAAGUUAUAACUGAUAUCUGGAUUGGCUCGAAAAUAAAAAUGAAUAUACAGAUUUUAAGUAACCAUUUCUUUUAAAAAUUUGCUUGCAAAGAACGUUUCUUUAAUAUAUAGAGAAAAGUUAUAGAACUGAAAAAUUAUAACACCAUAUUUAUAGAGUACAUAUGUUAUCCGGAACUACCUUUAUUUCGUAAGUAAGCGAAAUAAUAAAGGUACAGUUUUACAAUAAAUGUGCCCAACAAUGUCUUUACAAAAUAUAUAAAUAUAAAGUUUAUAUAUGAAACUGUUAUAAGACUUAAUCACAUAUUGUAUGUUUAAAUUAUGCUUAGAUUAUGUACGUCUAGAUAUCUAAAUAAAAACCACAAGAUUAAAUAAAUCUUUCCAUUCAUCAAAAGAAUGAUUCCCAGGAACAAUUACUAUAAUAUUGUUCAUUAUUUUGUUCAUUGUUCUAAUUAAAUAGUUAGUUCUAACAGACAAACUUCGUUAGAAAUUGUGAACUAAAGUGACCGUUGAUACUAGCACAGAGGUCUGAUCCACAAAAUUUAUGUUGAAUUCCCAGGAACAAUAAUUGUAAUAUUGUUCAUUAAUUUAUGCAUUAAUGCAUUGUUCCAUCUAAAUCGAAUAGUACAGUUAUGAUUUAAUUGUUUUUAUCUUUGAAAACUAAUUUUUAUAUCGACAUCGCGUCCGUAGGUCUAGCAAGUAAAUAAUCUAAGCAAUGCUUUAAAAAUAAUUAAAAAUAUAUAAUUAUGGUGACAAUUGCGGUGGUUAGAGAAUAUUCCAUGUGCCAAUAUGUGACAGGCAUAUCUGUCGUUUAGCCAUAUUUUUAUAUAGAUUUAGCUGUGUAAAAAUUUAUUAUAAUAUUUUUAAUGUUAUAAUAACUAUGUAUGUAUUCCAUUUAUUGUGUAGAUCGAUGAUAAAUAAUAAAUAAUGUAUAAUGA